GACUUUUCUUUUUUCCUUUCAAAGCUUGUGAACUGCACACAUUUGGCAGAACUUGUAAAGAAAGGUGUAGUGGACCAGAUGGAUGCAAGUCCUAUGUUUUCUGUCUCCCAGACCCAUAUGGGUGUUCCUGUGCCACAGGCUGGAAGGGUCUGCAGUGCAAUGAAGCCUGCCACCCUGGUUACUAUGGACCAGACUGUAAACUUAGGUGCAGUUGUUCCAAAGGGGAGAUGUGUGAUCGGUUCCAAGGAUGUCUCUGCUCUCAAGGAUGGCAAGGGCUCCAGUGUGAGAGAGAAGGUAAAGCCAGGCAGGCCAAGGAGGACUCCACAGAUAGAAGAUUUACCAGAUAACAUAGAAGUAAACAGUGGUAAAUUUAGCCCCAUCUGCAAAGCCUCUGGCUGGCCACUGCCUGCUAAUGAAGAAAUGACCUUGGUGAAGCCAGAUGGGACAGUGCUCCAACCAAAUGACUUUAACCAUACGGAUCGUUUCUCAGUAGCCAUAUUCACCAUCCAUCGAAUCCUGCCCCCUGACUCAGGAGUUUGGGUCUGCAGUGUGAACACAGUGGCUGGGAUGGUGGAGAAGCCUUUCAACAUCUCUGUUAAAGUUCUUCCAAAGCCCCUGAAUGCUCCGAAUGUGAUCGACACUGGACAUAACUUUGCUGUCAUCAACAUCAGCUCUGAGCCUUACUUUGGGGAUGGACCAAUCAAAUCCAAGAAACUUCUGUACAAACCUGUCAAUCAUUAUGAGGCUUGGAGACACAUUCAAGUGUCAAAUGAAAUUGUUACACUCAACUAUUUGGAACCUCGAACAGAAUAUGAGCUCUGUGUGCAGCUGGUCCGCCGUGGAGAGGGCGGUGAAGGGCAUCCUGGACCUGUGAGACGGUUCACAACAGCUUCUAUCGGACUCCCUCCUCCAAGAGGUCUCAGUCUCUUACCUAAAAGUCAGACCACACUAAAUUUGACCUGGCAGCCAAUAUUAUCAAGCUCAGAAGAUGGAUUUUAUGUUGAAGUAGAGAGGAGGUCUGUGCAAAUAAAAAGUGAUCAGCAGAAUAUUAAAGUGCCAGGCAACCUGACUUCUGUGCUGCUCAACAACUUGCAACCCAGGGAGCAGUAUGUAGUGCGAGCCAGAGUCAACACCAAGGCCCAGGGGGAAUGGAGUGAAGACCUCACAGCUUGGACCCUUAGUGACAUUCUCCCUCCUCAACCAGAAAACAUCAAGAUCUCCAACAUCACAGACUCCUCGGCUGUGAUUUCUUGGACAAUACUGGAUGGCUAUUCUAUUUCUUCUAUUAUCAUCCGUUACAAGGUUCAGGGCAAGAAUGAAGACCAGCACAUCGAUGUGAAGAUCAAGAAUGCCACUAUUACUCAGUAUCAGCUCAAGGGCCUAGAGCCUGAGACAGCUUACCAGGUGGACAUUUUUGCUGAGAACAACAUAGGAUCAAGCAACCCAUCUUCUCAUGAACUGAUGACCCUCCCAGAAUCUCAAGCCUCAGCAGACCUCGGAGGAGGGAAGAUGCUGCUUAUAGCCAUCCUUGGCUCAGCAGGAAUGACUUGCCUGACAGUGCUGUUGGCUUUUCUGAUCAUGUUGCAACUGAAGAGAGCAAAUGUCCAAAGGAGAAUGGCUCAAGCCUUCCAAAACGUGAGGGAAGAACCAGCUGUGCAGUUCAACUCAGGAACCUUGGCCCUGAACAGGAAGGCCAGAAACAACCCGGAUCCCACAAUUUAUCCAGUACUUGACUGGAAUGACAUCAAAUUUCAAGAUGUGAUUGGGGAGGGCAACUUUGGCCAGGUUCUUAAGGCACGCAUCAAGAAGGAUGGGUUACGGAUGGAUGCCGCUAUCAAGAGAAUGAAAGAAUAUGCCUCCAAGGAUGACCACAGGGAUUUUGCAGGGGAACUGGAGGUUCUUUGUAAACUUGGACACCAUCCAAAUAUCAUCAAUCUCUUGGGAGCAUGUGAACAUCGAGGCUACUUAUACCUGGCCAUUGAGUACGCCCCCCAUGGAAACCUCCUGGACUUCCUGCGCAAGAGCCGUGUGCUGGAGACAGACCCUGCUUUUGCCAUCGCCAACAGCACUGCUUCCACACUGUCCUCCCAGCAGCUUCUUCACUUCGCUGCAGACGUGGCCCGGGGGAUGGACUACUUGAGCCAAAAACAGUUUAUCCACAGAGAUCUGGCUGCCAGGAACAUUUUAGUUGGUGAAAACUAUGUAGCCAAAAUAGCAGAUUUUGGAUUGUCCCGAGGACAAGAAGUAUACGUGAAAAAGACAAUGGGAAGGCUCCCGGUGCGCUGGAUGGCGAUUGAGUCACUAAAUUACAGUGUAUAUACAACCAACAGUGAUGUAUGGUCCUAUGGUGUGUUGCUCUGGGAGAUUGUUAGCUUAGGUGGCACCCCCUACUGUGGGAUGACAUGUGCAGAACUGUAUGAGAAGCUGCCCCAGGGCUACAGGCUGGAGAAGCCCCUGAACUGUGAUGAUGAGGUGUAUGAUCUAAUGAGACAGUGCUGGCGGGAAAAACCUUAUGAGAGGCCAUCAUUUGCCCAGAUAUUGGUGUCCUUGAAUAGGAUGCUAGAAGAACGAAAGACCUACGUGAAUACCACGCUUUAUGAGAAGUUUACCUACGCGGGAAUCGACUGCUCUGCUGAGGAAGCUGCCUAGGGCAGAAUGUGGUCUCCUCCAUCCCCUCAUCUCCUUUUCACUGGCACGAGAGAUCGCCAAGAUGUGAUAUAGACGUGUAUAUAUGUGUAUAUAUAUUGCCGUAUGCCUGGGACCUUCAGCCCCCUCCCCCACUGUGUGGAUCUGUGGUAUGCUCUGACUCUGAUAGGGCUGUAAAUACUGUUUUGAGUAAGAAUGUGCUGGAAUCAGAAUGCCUGUUUGUGGUUUCAUAUAAUAUAUUUUUCUAAAAAUGUGGACUUCGUAGGAAAGUGUGAGAGUACAGUUACUGUAAUUCAUUACUUGUUAUUGUCCUAGAUAUUUUCGAUAUUUGCCUUUAUAAUUGAAUGCUAUGAAAUGUUUUUCUCUGUAGAAGUAAAAUAUUGUUAAUAAACCUAACAAUUACCCUGACAACACAGGUAAGGAAAGUGAGGGAAAUAUAUGAAUUUUAACAGGACAUGGGUUAAUAUUUAAGAGGCUAAAAAAUUCCAAGCAAUGUAAAAGAGAUUUUUCUCUCAAUUUUGUUCCUAAUCUAGAGAAGUCAGACCCAUUUCCUUUGGCCAUGUGAUAACUUCAUCUGUAUUUCCAUAGCCACAAGUCAGUCCAGAAGUUUAACAUCCAAAAAAAUUCUUAGAUACCUAAGAAUCUUUAGAGAAGUAUAAAUAGGUUAAUAGAUAAAUUGGUGGAUUUACUUUUACUUUCUCUAGUAAUACUGACUUGUGUCUUUUAAGAAAUAAUAAAAACAGAAAUCCAGGAAUGAUAUUUUGGAGAUAUGUGACAUUUAUCAUAUUGAAUUAGCAUCCUUACAUGUAUUGUACAUUGUAAAAAGUUUUAGUUUUGAUCAGUUGUAAGUUUAUCAUUUAUACUGUAAGCAUAUGUUGCACUGGGAUCAUACUGUAAGUGAAUAAAUGUCCUGCCUACCAACAUUUUGUCCAGCAGUGUG